AUGUCCAGAGCUAUUUGGUCUUACAAGCACAGAUUUUCUGUUGAUCUUAAUAUAGUUCCUCUGGAACUAAGGUUAAGUGCUGUCGCUUACAUCAGAUUUUUCUUUGUGGAAAAAAGGAUUUUCGAUCAAAACAUCUGGAGCAUAAAAUUCUUUCCAUUUCAUGCCAACCUGAUAAAGGUUAUUAAACAGAAAGGAAAACCAGCCAUAAUAGAGAAACCUUCUUCAGAAUUUUCAUAUUAUAAAACAAAGCUUUUACGAAAAAGAAGCAUAAAUGAUGGAUGCAGUGUGCAGCAAGUUAAUGGAAGAGAUCCCACAGAUCCUGCCUUUCUGUUGUCUACUGAAUUAGCAGCUUCACUUGGAGAAUUAUCCCUAUCGUAUUCUGUCGGUACGACACCCGGAGGCACGGAUGUUCUUCCUUGGUCUAAAAUGACUAAACCUGUUCUGCUUGCUCCGCUUAAGUUACCUAGCGGAAUUCCUCUAUACUGGUCUGUUAAAGGAGUAACAACUGAUGGCAAUUCGAUGGUAAGGUCAUGUAGUCUUUCAACGUACGACAAUACAGUUCCGAGUGGACGCAUAGAUGUGUUAUAUCCCUAUACCAGUCAUCCAAAGAGGAUUGCAGCUACCAUUAUCGUGUUUGAUGACUCCCCUCUAAAAGAAAACCAUACUUAUGCAAUUGGAUUAGCGCCAGGUUAUAAGGGAAAUCAAGUAUUAGAUUGGUCUGUUUUCAACUUUACAAAAGUGGUCAAACAUUUUGAUAACAUUGAAUCUUUCAGUAGAGGAAAAGAUGGUAAACUGAGUGUUACACCAAUGAAAUCAUUAAAAACCAAAGAUCAUGAGGAGUGUGCUCUAGUAUGUGUCAAUACUGGUGAAAAGUGUAUUUCUUUUGAUUACGAAUUCCAUUCUGAAACUUGUGAUGUUCACGAAGUAAUUGAAGGACCAAGCGCUGAUCUUAAAGUUAGCGGGACAUAUAAGCAUUUUGAACGAAUUGGCGUCGGAAAUACUCAUAAUUUUGAAUACUCUUUUGAUUUACUACAUGGUGAAAGGUAUUACAUAAACGCAGAAGUAACAAAUUCAUUGAUGUAUAAAAGUCUUCUGUCAUCAAAAGGUACUAUUGUUGACUUCACUCCUCCAGAACCUCAUUUUAUUGGCAAUGCUUCCCAAGACGAGCUUUUUGCUGAUAAAUGUCAUGCAUCAAUACUCCAAAGCUGUGAGGAAGUAACCUGGAGACAAAAUCACAGAAAAAUAGUAGACGGGAAAGACGCAGCUACUGUAUAUAAUGGGCAUCACCCGGAAAAAGAGACAAAGUUUACAUUGACUAAUCACUUUGCGUCAGCGAAUUGGCGACCUUUCACUGAUAAAGAAAGUGGGAUAUCGGGAUACACGUGGGCAUUUGGUACAUCAGUUUGUAGAACAGACAUAUCUGACUUCAAAAAUCCUCAUCAGCAUCUUUCCGACAAGAGGUUUUGGACAUAUACGGGAUAUGCUCGAGAUAUACAUCUUCCUGACGGAAAAUAUUACACCACCGUGCAGGCCAUCAACAAUGUUAUUCACGGUGGUUCCCUAGUAACCACAGUUUGUCACUCAACCCCUAUAGUUGUUGAUACAACACCGCCUUUAUUUAAAGGUGUCUCCGAUAUACUAUUUGACGAAGACUUUAAUAUUAUGGCCAUAUAUUUUGAAGCAGAAGACAAAGAAUCAUUCUUGUCGCGGAUUGAUUUUGGACUCGGAAAAACAAAACAUGAUGUGGAGGUUCGAGGUUAUUCGGAAAUUUCGUAUCCAAAAAGGGAGAACCCUUACAUUUUGAUAACUGAUCUAAACAUAACAGAUGGAGAACCGGCUUGGAUAAGACUUAGAGCUGUAAAUAAUGUCGAAUUGUCAAAAGCUGGGCAUAGUGAUGACCCUAUACUUAUUGAUAGAACCAAUCCUAUAGCAGGGGAGGUGUUGGAUGGAAAUACUAUCGGACAAGACCAAACUUAUCAACCUGAAAAUAAUCGGAUAUGUGCAAGCUGGAAGGGCUUUUAUGACCCAGAAUCUGGAAUCGAAGAAUAUCACUGGGGUGUUGGAACCUUCCCGGGGCUUGAUGACAUUGUUGCCAUGGAAACAUUAUCAAGAAGCACUAAAAACAAAUGUUCCUUUGCAAACCUUGCUCACAAUACAACUUACUACUCUGUCAUAGAAGCAAAAAAUAGUGCACUGAACUCAAAAACGAUCAAGCAAUCAUCCAAUGGAGGUAACUAUCAAUUGACUUAA